UCUCAACCUCUAAUUCUUCUCUUAACCACCAUUUCUCUCAACCUCUAAAAACAAUGCAAAGCCCUGUGAGGUUUUCGAGCUGCCGCGGUGUGGCCUUUGAAAUCAAACCUCAUCCAGACCCAUUUUCCAUCACAAAACCCACUGAAGCUGAGCCCCAAGGAAGCAAGAGAUUUUGGCUUCCAUGGGUUCAAAGGAACUCCUCCAAAAUAUUUCCCUCUUCUAUCCAGAGGUCCGUCAGUCGACCAAGUAGCCAUUUUUGUGACCUUGACAUUGAUGAUGAAGAUGAAGAUGAAGAAGACCAUGUCUUGGAAAGGCUAGAAGAAGGCAGUACUGAUGAAGAUCAAGAGAAACCAAUUUCAGUGCCAAUUACCAGCGAACAACCCUCGAAGGCUCCUCCUCGAAAGCCGGAUUCAAGACUAUCAGUUAUACUGCUAGACCAAGGUUUGUUCACGGUGUACAAGCGACUCUUUGUGGUUUGCUUGGCCGUGAACAUAACCGCUUUGGUUCUAGCAGCGACUGGGAAUUUCCCUUACGCAAGAAACAAAGCUACUUUGUUUUCAAUUGCAAAUAUUUUUGCACUGACGCUAUGCAGGAGUGAGGCCUUUUUGAGAAUCGUGUUCUGGCUUGCAGUGAAGGUCAUGGGGAGGUCAUGGAUUCCUCUACCAAUCAAGACUGCCACCACAUCUCUCCUACAAAGUCUUGGUGGAAUACACAGCAGUUGUGGGAUCUCUUCAGUUGCUUGGUUAAUAUAUGCAUUAGUUCUUACCCUCAAAAACAGAAAAGACACUACCCCUGAAAUCAUAGCUGUUGCUAGUACUAUUCUUUCCCUUCUCUGCCUCUCUUGUUUGGCCGCGUUCCCUCUGGUUCGCCAUCUCCAUCACAAUAUCUUUGAAAGAACUCACCGUUUCGCUGGAUGGACUUCCCUUGGUCUAGUCUGGGCAUUCGUUAUCCUUACAAUAUCUUACGACCCAAAAACCAAAUCAUAUAGUCACGACAUAGGGUCCAAAUUGGUCAAACAACAAGAAUUCUGGUUCACAUUGGCAAUCACAGUACUAAUUAUCAUUCCUUGGGUGACAGUGAGACGUGUACCAGUCAAAGUCUCUGCUCCUUCUGGUCAUGCCUCCAUAAUCAAAUUCGAGGGAGGUGUGAAAUCUGGUAUAUUAGGAAGGAUCAGUCCUUCUCCAUUUUCGGAAUGGCACGCGUUCGGUAUAAUCUCCGAUGGGAAAUCAGAGCACAUGAUGCUUGCAGGUGCUGUUGGUGAUUUCACAAAGUCAUUAGUCGCAAACCCACCCAGCCACUUGUGGGUUAGGCAAGUUCACUUCGCUGGAUUGCCUUAUCUAGUGAACAUGUAUGACAGAGUUCUACUGGUGGCGACUGGUUCGGGAAUAUGUGUGUUCUUGUCCUUCCUAUUGCAACCAAGUUCGGCUAAUGUGUGUGUGCUAUGGGUGGCCAAGGGAAUUGAACAAAACUUUGGGAAAGAAAUUAAGGAAAUGAUGAGUGGACAUCCCAAAGACAAGGUGAUUGUGCAUGACACAGCUGUUCUUGGUCGACCCAAUGUGUCUGAAAUGAGUGUUGAUGCUGCCAAAAAAUGGGGAGCUGAAGUGGUCGUUGUUACAAGCAAUCCUGAAGGAAGCCGGGACGUUGUUAAUUCGUGCAAAAGUGCAGGAAUUCCAGCUUUUGGUCCUAUUUGGGACUCUUAAUUUCAAAUACGAUGGGUUUCUUUUAUUUAUUUUCAAAUGGGGUGGGUUGGGUGUUUGUUCUAGAAUGUAUAAGUAGUACUGAAUCUCAGUACAGUCAAGAAGGAGGAAAGCUCCAUGUUAUAAUAUAGCUAUCUUUUUAGCUAAUCUUACAAGAAAAGUUCAAUGAAGUACUAUAAUAUAGCUAUCUUUUUAGACACAGGAAUAAUACUUGACUAAACGAGUCACUUUAUUUGUUUUCUAUGUACUAUUUGUUUUGUUGGGAUUUGGGCUUGGAUCCAGGUCGCCCAUGAUGGGCUUGGCCCAUGUCUAGCCCAUAUGACUACUAAUUCAAAAUAGGUGAGAGAGUAGUUAUUGCUCCAUAAUAUACAAAAUGUGUGUUUGUAU